AUGUUUCUUACUUCGGUGAACUUGGCCAAGGCGAAAUCAAAGACCAUCCUGGUGCAGAUGGUGAGCGCUGCGGGGACGGGCUACUUCUUCAACACCAAGAGGAACCGGCUCCGAGAAAAACUGGUGCUCCGCAAACAUGAUCCAUUUGUGAAUAAGCAUGUCCUAUUCUUUGAGAAGAGGAAGAUUCGAUCCAUCUAA